CUCGAAACAAAAAUCGUUAAAAGCAUUAACGUCUAGAAACAGCCGUUAUCUCAGACAGCCGUUAAAUAGGGAGGAUAUGGACCUCCAUUUCAUUCGCCGUCCGGUUUUUUUCUUCCUCUCCUCUCUUCGUUCCUCUUCCCGAGCUCCGUUUCUCCUAGAUAGAAAAGAUGGGGCUUUCAUUCACCAAGCUUUUCAGCCGGCUAUUUGCUAAGAAAGAGAUGCGAAUUCUUAUGGUGGGUCUUGAUGCUGCGGGUAAGACCACCAUUUUAUACAAGCUCAAGCUGGGAGAGAUUGUGACUACCAUUCCUACAAUUGGAUUUAAUGUGGAGACUGUGGAAUAUAAGAACAUCAGCUUUACUGUCUGGGAUGUUGGUGGUCAGGACAAGAUUCGACCUUUAUGGAGACAUUACUUCCAAAACACUCAAGGGCUUAUAUUUGUGGUUGAUAGCAAUGACCGUGACCGUGUAGUUGAGGCUCGGGAUGAAUUGCAUCGUAUGUUGAAUGAGGAUGAGUUGAGAGAUGCUGUGUUACUUGUAUUUGCAAACAAGCAAGAUCUUCCAAAUGCUAUGAAUGCUGCUGAGAUUACUGAUAAGCUCGGCCUUCACUCGCUUCGCCAGCGCCAUUGGUAUAUCCAGAGCACAUGUGCCACUUCAGGUGAAGGCCUCUAUGAAGGACUGGACUGGCUCUCCAACAACAUUGCUAACAAGGCGUAGGGGAUGCGAUCAGUUUCCUGCCACUUCUCAGGUUGCAGCCUGCUUCAAAUUUGGUUAAUUGGUGUCUCUGGAUUUCUUAUCCUGUAAUUGUUGAGAGAAUGUGUGAGAUAUUUACUAUAAUAGAAAUGGGCAAAUUGUUCCUGUAGAUUUUAAAUAAUUCAUUAUUCACAGUUCGUAUAUGUUAACAUGAUAUACCUCUUUGAUGAAACGGGAGUUUAUGUUUCUUUCAAUGAGCAUUAGGUGCUUGAUGGUUCA